ACUCCUCCUCCUCCUCCCCCACCACUACUUUCGCCUGCUCCUAUCAAACCUCCGAUUUCACUUCUCCUCCUCUUAUUCCCCGACUAUAUUCUUUGCCCAACAUAUUCGUGAGCAUAUCACAUAUAUCUCAUUAACCAUGGCCGACUCUCUGACCGAAGAGCAAGUCUCCGAGUACAAGGAAGCCUUCUCCCUAUUUGACAAGGAUGGCGAUGGACAAAUCACCACCAAGGAGUUGGGUACUGUUAUGCGUUCCCUGGGCCAGAACCCUUCCGAGUCUGAGCUCCAGGACAUGAUUAAUGAGGUCGAUGCUGACAACAACGGCACUAUCGACUUUCCCGAAUUCCUUACAAUGAUGGCCCGUAAGAUGAAAGACACCGAUUCUGAGGAGGAAAUCCGGGAGGCUUUCAAAGUCUUCGAUCGCGACAACAACGGCUUCAUUUCCGCCGCGGAGCUGCGCCACGUCAUGACCUCCAUUGGUGAGAAGCUCACUGAUGACGAAGUCGAUGAGAUGAUCCGUGAGGCAGACCAGGACGGUGACGGUCGUAUUGACUACAAUGAGUUUGUCCAGCUCAUGAUGCAAAAAUAGACGGCUGUUGAUGUUCAAUUUGUUUUUUCUUUUCUGUUAGCGAAAGGGUGAGGGCAAAGAAGUGUACUCUGCAGAUUCCCAUCUUCUCCGUGAUACAGGUUCUUGUAGUCUAUUUGUUCGACCCCGGUCAACACUGGCUGGACAUUAGCGCACUUUCACCACUUUCACUUGCCAUAGUCAUCUCUAUCGUCAUUGAGUUCGAGUAUCAGCAUAUCCAGAACGAGUCCCGGCUGUCAAACAAGAUAGAGCAUUACUUGUGUGCUUCACCCACGUACAAUGCUGUUCUUCGGCUGAAACCUGGUUGCGCCAAAGCUUGGCGCUUUGCCUCGUUAUGAUCUGCAUUCUCCUGUCAGCCAGAGGUCAAGGGUCAAUCUUUAUAACCUGACAUGUAAAUGUAGAUUGCCA